AUGGCGCUUGGGCCGUCCAAGUCUAGCGGUGUCGUUGGACUGGACACUUUGGACUGGACGGCACCUUGGGCCCCCACAUUUGAUCCCCUAAACUUUGGUUUGGCUCUGGCUUUGGCUCUGGUGGAAGCCCAUCCCCAAACAACAUCCGACCCUUCAGAACGCCGAUUCCCAAGAGUGCAAGCUGCAUCACGACCCAUUCACUUCACGCGUCCAUACCUCCCCCCAAAACAAGUCACGCUCGGUCAUCACUUGCCAAAAUGGCAUCCGCUCAGCAAGGAACUGCCACGGCGAUUGGCAUUGCCAACCUGCCAAACCAGCGCCACAAGAUUGUCGCAAAGAGAGGUGCUGCCUUUACCAUCAUGGUUGCUGGUGAAUCUGGAUUGGGCAAGACCACCUUCAUCAACACCCUCUUCUCCACCACAAUCAAGAACUAUGCCGACCACAAGCGACGACACCAGAAGCAGGUCGACAAGACCGUCGAGAUCGAGAUCACAAAGGCUGAGCUGGAAGAGAAGUUCUUCAAGGUUCGCUUGACCGUUAUUGAUACCCCUGGCUUCGGCGACUAUGUCAACAACAGAGACUCGUGGAUGCCCAUCAUCGAGUUCCUCGACGAUCAGCAUGAGUCCUACAUGCUCCAGGAGCAGCAGCCCCGCCGUAAUGACAAGAUCGAUCUCCGUGUACAUGCUUGCUUGUACUUCAUCAGACCCACCGGUCACACCCUCAAGCCUCUGGAUAUCGAGGUUAUGAAGAGGCUCUGUUCGAGAGUCAACCUGAUCCCCGUUAUUGCCAAGGCUGACACCCUGAGCCCGGCCGACUUGGCCAAGUUCAAGGCCAAGAUCCGAGCUGUCAUUGAGGCACAGAACAUCAAGAUCUACCAGCCCCCUGUCGAGGAGGACGACGAGGCUGCCGCCCAACACGCUAGACUGCUGGCUGCUGCCAUGCCUUUCGCUGUCAUUGGCUCGGAGAAGGAUGUUAAGACCAGCGAUGGCCGCAUCGUCAAGGGUCGUCAAUACUCUUGGGGUGUUGCCGAGGUUGAGAACGAGGACCACUGCGACUUCAAGAAGCUACGAUCCAUCUUGAUCCGAACUCACAUGCUCGACCUCAUCCACACCACCGAGGAGCUGCACUACGAGGCCUACCGCGCCCAACAAAUGGAGACGCGCAAGUUCGGUGAGGCCCGCCCCCGCAAGCUCGACAACCCCAAGUACAAGGAGGAGGAGGAAGCGCUGCGCAAGCGUUUCACCGAGCAGGUCAAGGUCGAGGAGCAGCGUUUCCGCCAAUGGGAACAGAAGCUCAUCGCCGAGAGAGACCGCCUCAACAAGGAUCUCGAGCAGACCCAUGCUCAAAUCAAGACGCUCGAGACCGAGCUCGAGCAAAUGCAGGGCAGCGUUGCUCGCAGCGGUCGUCGUUAAGCGCAUUCUUCUUUAUACCCCCUACCCGCUUCCUUCUCUUGUUACGUCGAGCGUAUUCGAGAUUACCAGCAUUUGAACAGCCAUUUCGGUUAUAAUGAACAUCGGCGUACUGAUCAAAAGCAUCGACACUUAAGACCUCCGGGGUUGGCCAUGGUGAGACAUGCUUUAGAGCUGAUUUAUGUCUUUUCAGUUGGAGCCCGGAGACAAUAAUGCAACAAACAUGACGUCGACCCGGUGCUGGGCUGUUUGUGGACGCUUUUGGAGAGGACGACGAGAGACCCAAAUAUUUCUCCUUUCAAGUAGGAUGCCGCUUAUUUUUCCGCAUCCUGUUCUUCCAUG